GGGCCCGUACAAAACCCAGACACAUUUCAAUCGUUAGGACCUUAAAGGAAAUUGUUAUUAAAUUAAACAACGUCCCUAUUGGACAAGAACGGAAACUGUCUGGAAAACUCGCCUAUUUAAAACUGUUAUAAAUGGACGGACAUAACAUGAAGUAUCUGUAUCCGAAAAUCCUUCAGGAAACUUUGUUGAUACAAUUGUGAGUAGGAAUUCGGUUCCGAAUAUUUCAAAUAACGAUACCGUAAGACCUUCUGAAGUAUAACCUUCAGGAAGAUGUUCUUAACAUUUUACCCAGCUUCAAAUCUCAAAGUACUCUCUGUCUGUCUGUUUGUCAUGAUUGGCACAGUCAAGACUAAACGACGUUUCAAAGAAUUACAUGCUGCCUGCACAAAUGAGAGUCAACUGAUGCAAGUUUCAGGAUAUACCCAAAGAUAUUUUAACACAGACAAUUACAGAACACUGAAGGAAGAUCUAAGAAACUCGCCAAUCUAUUGUAUGUGGGAAAAGUGUUGCACAAUAAGAAAAAGAAAGGGGAUAAAAAGGACAGAAAAAUGGUUCGAGAAAAACAUGAAAUGUUUAAGAAAAGAGACCAAAAUCUACGAUUUGAUUUCCAAAGAAACAUUAGAAACAUCCUCCAGUGACGUCAAAAUUCGAGAACUGGGAGAUCAGACAAUAAUCGUUCGAAGUCAUCCGAAUUUUCCUUGGAAUUAUAAAUAUUGUUAUACUAAUUCCAUUCAUUCAUUAAAUUUCAAAACUGAGUUUAAACAUCUUGAAAUGAAAGUGGCGCUGCGAGUUCUGUGGUCUGAAAUCAACGAAAAACAUGAUGAACUUUUCGUUCAGCAGGGAAACGUUUUGCAACGAAUACCAAAAGGAUCUGGGUAUCUAGAAAUUAAUGUUACCGAAUUAAUGGACGUAAAACUUCAGUUCAAAACGAAUUACGUGCCACUUAACACCUGUGAGACAUCAGUGGAAAGGGGUUUUCUUAUUUGCAUGAAAUUUUUAAGCCUGGACCAGAAGAGAUAUUCUCUCUGUGAUGAAGUAAUGGAAAACGUAAUCUUGGAUUCUAGAAAGAAAGUAAAGAAGAAAAGGAAAGGAAGAAGAAGCAGAAAAAUCAAAAGAAAGAACAAAACACAAUCAAAAAACAAAUGACUGCAUUUGGUUGAUGUGAAUUUUUCACUACAACACACCGCAUAAUCCUUCUCUUUUGAGGAUAAAGCAACGAAGCUUUCGAAAAAAAAAUUAGAGAGUGGGUUUUUCAAGAAUGAGGAUUUAUUCCGAAAUGUCUUUGAAUGCAAGAUAUAAAAGAUUGUAUGAAUAAAAAUGUGUGUAAUUCUUAUGAAAAUUUGUUUAAGUACAAUGGGAAAAGAAACAAGUUUUCUAACAGUUCAAGGACGUUUUGCCGAAGUCCAGGCUCAGCGAAGAUUUUACUAUGUACUAGUAUUCAAGUUCCCGAUUGCUAUUCUUCAGAUUAAUAAUGAUGCUUACGAAUCCUGAUAUUUAUAUGUAUCUGAGAUUUAUAUAGAAGUGUUAAAGUAUUGCAUACAUUUGUGUAUAUACUCAAAAUGCAAUUAGUUCUUUUAUAAAUUAUACGGUGAAUUUGAUAAAAAUUCCUACCCUUUGUUUACACGCGUACAUGUAUGCUUUUAAAAGUGUCUUUGAGUGUGAAUGAGAGACGGCGAGAGAGGGCUUGUGUGUACGUUUGAAUAUUUCAUACUAAUGAUUUGUAACAAUUAUGUAUGCAUACAUUAUGCAUACAUUAUUUAUUUUAAAAAUUUUCAAUUUGAGAUGUGGAAGUCUUUUAUGAAA